AUGGAGAAGGGACCAGGUGCUGUGCUCUCUGCCUCACUGGUGCUGAUGCUGGUGGGCUCUGGCGAUGCCUCCCUGCUCCUGCCGAGUGCAGGCGUGGGCCCGCGUCUUCGCUUGGCGCAGCCUCCGGAAGCGCAGCCGCCGGCGGCGACCGGCGACUCGGCGGCCGCAGCGGUGCCCAUCAGCGUCGGCACCGCGGCCGAGCGCUGGCUGUCGUCGCUGCCGUGGUCCAAGCGGCAGGGCGCCGAGCCGCACCAGCACCCAGACAUCCCCGCCGCGCUCACCGAUCACCUCAUCAUCCGGUCGCAGCGCGGGAACCGCCAGUACGACGUACCGCAGAUCGGCGCACGUGAGCUAAUGCGCCGGCGACAGACUCGAAUUCAGCUUACCCCGUCCGAGCCCGCAAAGUCGUCCCGGAGGGGACGGCUUCCCGCUCGACUACAAAUACAAUGUCCCCCUGCGGAAGACGGGAUGGAGAGAUUCGCGUGCCCAACACCGGAUCGCAUGGGCCGCUACCGGUGCAUUGAUGACCACGUCCUCUGCGACGGAUUCAUCGACUGUCCCAGCGGGGAGGACGAAGACCGCCAGGCGUGCAUGUUCUACAAGACGACUAAGGCUCAUCUAGACGUCUUGGCGGACGCGCUGUUGCGGUGGGCACGAGGUCGCUAAACAGCGACGUUCUGUCCAGAAACCAAUCAAUUUCAAUUAUUUCGUCUGUUACAAUACCUCACGUGGUUCCAAGAGCGAGAUCCCAACCCUAAACGCAUUGCACUGUGCUGUUUCAAUGUUUUGGGCGCUUCAUAGCUUUCAUCCUAUUGUCCCGACCCUUGUAGAUGAGAUGAAAUAUUUCUAUCUGAAUGUAUAAAAAGUUUACGUGUCUGUUACAUACUUUUUGUUGAAAGAUUGUAGAGGCGUUCAUAGUCUGAGGCAUGUCUACUUAAAAAUAUAUAUGUUUCUAGCUCAACUAAUUUAAAUAUUCAACAAAGACAUUUAGGAUAGUGCUGUCUCCUUUUGUUAGAUUAUUAUAAUUUCAUGAGACUGUUAUCAGACAUCACGGAAUAACAGAUGAACACGGUUUUUUUAAGUUCACAGAAGACCAAUAUAUAGCCUAACAAUCUCUUACUGUUGAGUUUGUUCAAUUUUGAGAUGGCUCACUAGAAGUGGGAAACGGUAUUUUUAUUCUGCUCGAGCAGAAAGAGUGCCAUCUACUUCUGUAUUCUAUUAAAACCGCGUUAUCCAUUUGGUUUAUUGUCAGCCGCCUGCCCAGAGCCUCAGCAGGGUGCCAUACAAUCAGUAUCCCCUUUAUGUAGUAAUUACUUCAUGUAACAACCAUACUGUAGUUACUGAUAUAAUAAGUGAUGAAUAAAUUACGUGAUUUCUCAUCGAGAGGGAGAUAACUAGUAGAAGUUGCUUAUGUAUAUGAAUUGCUGUAAUGUAUGUAGGCGCUAUUGUGAUGUCAACGGGCUACUGAAUAUUUAUUUGUUACCUGGCAAUAUAUUGUGUCAAUAUGUAUUGUAAUAGUAAUCAAUGUAAGCUGUAGUGUAGUAGAUAAUCCACAUUCACAUGUAUUCUCUGUUAGUGCACGCAGUGAAAUUAAAUUUUGCUUUUGUAGAGCAAAUCGAUGGCAGCAGUCUCGCUUUCUUCAGAAUGCGUUGUCCAGUAACGCUUCAGAGCAGUGCCAAAAACUUCAACAUAUGUUUUCUACGUUGUAAAAUAAAUACAAGAACCUGGUGAAUAAACAUCAACAACAACUGGUUGUGUAAAAUCAGUUACUUGCACUUGUUCUUACUGGGUUAUUAGAAUAUGUGUCUGUACAUAACGGUAGUGUCUUUUUAUUUUCCAUGACUUAUGAUUUAUGAAAUGAUAAUGUAAAGGCUGAGGACUGCUAUACUGGUCUGACUUUGUUAAUGCGACGAUGUAAGUGAAAGGCCACUUAUUUUGCACACAUCACUGGAGCCAUCUUAAGAAUGAACAGUGCAUUAUGAAACAAAAAUGAAUCUCAAGUAGUGAAACGAGAAAAAUUAUCAAAAAGAAACACUUUUGAUUUAAAUACUGUUAGCUCUGGAAGACAUAUAUUGCUACGUGAAAGAAGGGCAAAACUGCGUCGUUAAUCAUUACUGUAUACGACACAGUAUGACUUCAGACGCGGUUUGGUGCAAAAUAGAAGCCGUAAAUGUUCCUCAUGGGAAUCUACGUGAGCAAAAAGGUGCAACGGAUGCUGCUUUGAGAUAAGUGGUAAAGUACAGAAAACGUUUAUAUAAUGCUAAAUAAUUAACUUUCAGAUUACUUAAGCUGCUGAAAUUAAUUUCUAAUAUACCUUCUAUCGAUCCUCGAAGACGAAGAAUACAUUCCUGUGUUUAACUUAUAUACACUUAUGCGGAAUUGUGCCUCAUUCCUCUCAUAUAAUCUAAAUGCCUUACAGAAAUCAAGGAUAUAUGGUGCUGGAUUUACUAUCAUUGUGAUACCUCACUUCAAAUGUUCAAACAUUUUUACCCUUAGUUUUUUAAAAAAGAAGUACAUCAUAUUUUGACUGAAAGUACGUCUGAAAGUUGCAAGUUUCAGUCGGUACUCAGAGUCACAUCUUUACUCAAACCAAAAGUGAGUACUAUGCUACAUACAUGAAUUUACUAGCAUAAAUAUAAUAUUUUAAUCUAUAGCUGCUACAGAAACAGAACAGUUGUUUCAACGCAAUAUACUCCGUAAAAUCGUUAUCUUAACAGGUCUUCACAAGGACUAGUUACGAAUACUACUGAAACAAAAGUAACUUCUACAUUCCAAACCUGUGUAUCAAUAAACCAGAAGUAAUUAUGAAAAGCAGGUAUGGCUUUGAACAUACAUGUCGUCAGAAACGUCCAAUAUACUUUAAGUUUCGCAUCUAUGUAACAUGUAUCAGGUUGAUCAAACGAGCUUUUGUAUGUUCUAGAUGAAGAUGUCAUCUCCUGAAGCUAUCUGAACAUGAUUAGAAAACUAUUGUGAAAUAACGGUCCUAAUAAAAAAAGAAUAGCAAGAAUAGAUCUCUAUUUUGGUCAUAAUUCCACCCCACCCUACCCCACAGAUACAGAUAUGUGAACCUCACUCUAAAUUCUCGCCAAGCUAUAGAAACUAGGGAAAAACAUGACUGAAAAAAUACCGUGUAGCUUUUUCGAGGAUAUUUUUCUUAAAUUCUCCAACAUUCAUAGUCUAUAAAUAUUUACGUAUUAUAUGCAGAUGGUGCAAAGAGGAAAUUAGUUUAUAAAGUCAGCAAAUAUAGUGACAUUUGGAUUAGGUGUAUUUGCACAAUAAUGAAGCAAUAUGCCCUCAAAACUACUCGUAGUCCUGCACUUUUACAAAAAAAU